AUGCCAGAACGAACUAUAGUUGUACUUAUUUCAGGCUCAGGCAGUAACCUUCAAGCUCUGAUUGAUGCAACUCAAGAAGGUCGCUUAAGAGCAAAGAUUAUUGCCGUUAUAUCCAACCGUCAAAAGGCUUUCGGGCUUGAACGUGCCAAAAAAGCUGGUAUACCGACAGAUACAUUUUCACUGAAGAAGUUUAGGGAACAAGGUCAAUCACGUAUCGACUUUGAUGUAGCCAUUGCCAAAACCAUACAAGAACGUUAUCACCCAGCCUUGAUUGUGUUGGCAGGCUGGAUGCAUAUCUUAUCUCCAGAAUUCUUAUCGUUUUUUGAAAAACAAAACAACAUCAUCAAUCUUCAUCCUGCUCUACCUGGACAAUUUGACGGUGCACAUGCUAUAGAGCGAGCUUUUGAAGCCUUCAAGCAGGGCAAAAUAACACACACCGGUAUUAUGGUGCAUAAAGUGAUUGCAGAUGUGGACCGUGGCGAGGUUAUUCUUAAACGGGAAAUUCCGAUCGAACAGAAUGAUACCCUUGAGACACUUGAAGAGCGUAUUCAUUCUUAUGAACACAAGCUCAUAGUUGAAGCUGCACAAGCAUUCUUGGAUAACUUGGAGAAUAACUAA